GUGGGUUUCAGUAUAAGAACUCGACCGUUGAAACCCUAAAACCACUAUGCUUUCCCAUUCUUCUCUACAAUCUUUUCACAAACCCUGCGCUGCAAAUAUUGCGAUCAAAAAAAAUUGUUGCUGUUCUUUGUCGGAAAAGGCAGAGAGAAAUCAAGAGAAAGGCAGAGGAGAAGGCCUAAUCUGUUUCGAAAUCCUAAAGGUACUCUACUUUCUAAUUCCUCAUUUGGGUAUUCUUUGUAAGCAGAGCGAGAAAUAGGAAAAAUGAAGAGAAAGGCCGAAGAUAGUAUGUGCGGCCAUGGAGGAAGUUGGGUGAGAGGGCCAAUAAUCGGGAAAGGAAGUUUUGGGUCCGUGUUUCUUGCGACCUUGAAGAAAUCCAGAUCAAGUUUCUCUUGUUUACCAUCGGCCAUGGCUGUGAAAUCCGCAGAGGUCUCUGUUUCGGCUUCACUACAGAAGGAGAAAGAGGUUCUCGACAACCUCAAAGGCUGUCCUUAUGUGAUUGGCUGCUUUGGGGAAGAGAUCACGACCCAAGACGACGGUGAGAUGGUUUACAAUUUGUUAUUGGAGUAUGCUUCUGGUGGAACCCUAGCCGAUUUGAUCGAGAAAUCCGACGGUUGUGGGUUGCCCGAAUCUGAUGUUAAGCGCUACACCAAAUCGAUUCUCAAGGGGCUUUGUCACAUUCAUGACUGCGGUUAUGUGCACUGCGAUUUAAAGCCUGCGAAUGUUUUACUUGUGCCAACUGUUUGUAAUUGUGUGGCAAAGAUCGGGGAUUUCGGGUUGGCAAAGAGGUCGGCACAGAGUAAGCAGAGGAGGAUCGAUCGCUUGAGAGGCACUCCGCUGUAUUUGGCACCUGAAACGGUGAUUGAGAGCGUACAGGAGCUUCCCUCUGAUAUUUGGGCUCUGGGAUGUGUUGUGUGCGAGAUGCUUACUGCGAAAUCCCCUUGGGAAAGGGCAGAGGAGUUGAAAACAGAGGAUCUUUUGCGUUUGAUUGGUGAUCAGCGUGAGUUGCCUAAAAUCCCGUGUGGCAUCUCUGAUGAAGCAAGGGGUUUCUUGAAGGCAUGUCUUGUGAGGAAACCCAUGUGCAGAUUCACGGCUGAGAUGCUUAUGGAUCAUGCAUUUCUCGCUGGUGUACGCGAACUGGAUGAUGAAGAACUACUUGAUGCUGCUUCUACCGACUCUGAUCAGAUUAGUGAUUGUUCUUCUUCUUCUCCUUCGGCUGAUUGGAGCUUGGUAUCUGACGAUGACAAUGUUGAUUCGGCUUUUUGCUCUUGGCCGAAAGAAGUUGAAGAUGUGCAAGUGCAAUUCAUUGGGAGAUCAGAUGAAAAAGUUUCUCUUUUAGGCUCCCUUUGUUGUUCUUGGCCGGAAGAAGUUGAAGAAGAUGUGCAAGUGCAAUUCAUUGGGAAAUCAGAUGAAAAAAUUUCUCUUUUAGGCUCUUUGAACUGCCUCACUCCAACCCUGCCUAUUGGUGUAUAGCAGUGACUACAAAAGAAAGUUCAGUUUUUGUAGAUAAGAUAAAAAUGCAUAUUUUGUAGGCUCUUUUAUGUAUCAACUUUUUAAUUGUACAUGCAUUGUUACAGUUUCCUUUUAUAUAAAUGAGAGUUACUUUC